AUGUCUACUGGUAAAGACUACGUACCACAAUUAAAGACAUUGAUUGAUAAACAUGAUGUAGAGACAUUUGAGCGUUUAUACAAGAAUGUAAUCCAUGAGCUUGAUAUUUAUGAACAAAAUGAACUCUUAUUCCGAACGUGCCGUUUAGGACCAGUUGAAAUCUUUCAAAUUUUAUUUGAAAUGAAGGAGAGUAAGGACCUUAACAAUGUUUUACAUCCCACAACAAAAUCUACCCUCUUACAUUAUGCAAUUAAGUAUGGGCAACAUAAAAUUAUCGAUUAUCUUCUAUCUUCAAAGUCAUCGUGUUUUAACGUAAAAAAUGUUUUCGGUGAGACUUGUUUGUCCGUUGCAAUUGAUCUUCAAAAUUUGGAUGUGGUCAAACACCUUUUACAUCAUAUCAGCGCUGAAUCAAUUGAUGAAGAUUUGAUCACUCACGCUGUUUGUCACUAUAUAAAUGAAAUUCGGAUAACAACAACAUUGGCAGCUCAUAAAGCAUUUGCAGCUGUACAAGUUCUUGUCGCACAUUCAUCAAAUAAUUUAUCCGAUCAAGUUAUUUCGAAAGCAGUGCAUAAAUUAGUCAAACGUCUUAGUUGGUUGUAUUCAACCACCCUAAGAUUACAUUACAGUGUUAACGAUCAAGAUUCAAACGGUGAAACAUGUCUGUUCUAUGCUGUUGAAAGAAAUGAUAAUACGGAUAUGAUUGAUCUCCUGAUUGAUAAAUGCCAUGCAUUAGUUGAACUUCGUAACGGACAAAAUUUAACAGCUCUACAUAAGGCAAUUCGUCUGAACAGUUUUCAAAAUGUCAAACAUUUGCUUACAAAAUUAGAUGAUGUCCAAAAAAUAUUUUUC